AUGCUGGUGUUGUGCUGCUUCAAAGAUAGAUCCCAGACUCAAUCAACAUUCAAGUUGCUAAGGUCGGUGGUGGUCCUUGUGGAUGUGUUGCAGGCUGUGAAGAGAGCAUUUGUUCCUGUCAUCCUUGAUGUGGGAGGAAUGGAUACGCCAAUCCUUAAUGAGCUAUUGGAUUCAGUCGACGUCUUAAGCUCAAAUGAAACUGAGCUCAGUCGUUUGGACAGAAUGCAUACUGAAACUUUUCAACAUUUUAGCCAGGCUGUUGCAAAGUGCCAUAAGUUGGUAUGUAAAUCUUCUUUGAUCAAACACAUUCUAGGAUGA